AUGCUUGAAGCGAUCGAUAUUGUGCUGAUCUGCUUAGGCACGGUUCUUUCAAUAUUCGCCUCAAUCGCAAUUUUUCUAUUACUGAUUCUUAAACGUAGAAAAUUGCAAGGGAAAUCGCCGGGUUCCUCAGCGAAGGUGGCUGCUGCAAAAGAGUACUACCUCGACCAUCCUCCGACUAUCAGCGCCGCUGCCAAGAAUGGGGAAGCGCCGCGUUUCGUGUCGAGACCUUCAGCAACAAAUGUGCCAGUACGAAUAGACGAUAACCAAAAGGCGGAGACAAAGGACAGCGGCAUUAAAGAAUCUUCUGUUAUUAGGGUCGAAGAACAUUCAGAGAUCAGAAGCCAUGAAGAAAUCCAUCGUAGCUCGAAUUCCAUCAAGCGCUCUCAUCGACCAUGCAGAAUCAAACUCUCUCCAGAUUUGGCUAAAGCUGCUCAAGCGGAAGCAGUACAAUCAGAACAUACACUUGACAACUUCAUGAGAGAUCUCAGCAGAAUACGUAAUGAGGACGAUGCGGUGCUUUAUGAAGAGUUCCAGAUUCUCGAAGAAUUGGAUUCGGUAAGGGAGCGCAACUGUUCUGCCGCUGAAAAAGAACGAACGCGGAACCGAUUCGUUGAUAUUUUACCUAGUAAGUGGAGUUCUAUUUAUCUUCAGGGACGCUCAUACCGUGUUUCAGGCGACAGCACUAGGGUUAUACUUCAUGGUUCGAACGAUUAUAUCAACGCCAGCCUAAUCGAUGGCUACCGCACUGCUGGCCAAUUCAUAGCAACGCAGGGCCCCAUUGGCCCUGAAGAAGCUACUGAUGGAAGGAAGAAGAGCACUGUGGACGAUUUCUGGCGUAUGAUUUGGGAAAAGAAUGUCCAGUGUAUAAUAAUGCUCACUGAUUGCGUGGAAAAUAUGAGACAGCGAUGUUCAAAGUACUGGCCUUCUCUAGGGGAAGUCCAGCGAUUUGGCGAGGUAGAAGUGGACAUGAUCUCAGAAUCCGAAGACCCCAUCUGUCUUCAUAGGGAAUUCGACAUCAAGAAAAAUGGCGAACGAAGACAGAUCUCGCAAUAUCAUUUCCUCAAUUGGUAUGAUGCUAAAGGACCGGAAAAUGCUGCGUAUUUGCUCGAUUUCAUUGAACGGAUUUGGCACAAGCAGUACAGAAAGCCAAUUGUCGUUCAUUGUAGUGCUGGUGUUGGUCGAACAGGUGUACUGAUCGCUUUAUGGAUACUUCUCGAAAGAGCUCGACAAGAAAGAAAAGUCGAUAUCUUCGCUGGUAGUUCCAUCAAUACUUGUGAAGGUCUCGAACUAGUGUUCUUGUCUCUUGAGUAUGACAUAGUAAUGGGAGACCGAUCCAGGAAAGUAAUACCCCUUUUACUAGCUGGUGGAUCAGCUCGACCUGUGCUCUGA